GUCGAGGAGGAUUUUAAUGGGCCCCGUCUAAUUUAAGCGCGGGCUUUGGAUCAGAGUUGUGGGCUCGUCUCGCCUUCUGAUGCAGUGGUAAAGUUCUCGUUAGCUUGGCUGUGAGCUUGUGGCUGCCCCGGUGGCUAUGGAGGAAGGGGGUUUAUCCGGGUUGGAAUCGAGGAUUGUCGUGAGGGAGGGAGGGAGGGGCGGAGGUCUGCGCUUUCGGCUCUGCUGAGGUGACGAGAAUUAAUUAGUUACUGCAGGCAGCGCGGAGGCCCUCGCGAUGGCUUCUGCUCGGUGCAUUGCCUGUGCAGUGCUGGGGUCGUCGCCCGUCCUGCAAUCUGCUUCGGCUUCGAGUCUGGGAGCUGUGGGAGCUCGUGGGCAGAAUUUUGGACGCUUUGCCGGAAGUGGAGUGGCCCGUGGAUUUGGAGAAGUUUCGGAUGGGUUCCGAAGGAGGUCCCGGUGCUCGGAUUUUGGGAAUGGUAGAAGUAGGAAUAGAAGCAGGAAUUUGGAGCUAGGGCAGGAUUUGAAUUUGGUGACAUCUCGGGGGCAGGGGUUUGCAGUUGGAGCGAAUGGGCGGUGGUGGAAUUCGCUUCUGGAGCUGGCCGACGAGGGCGGAAUGGAAGAAGGGCCGAUCGAACUUCCUCCCCGGGAAUUGGAGAUUGAUCCGCUGGCUUUUCCGGAGGCGAGCCCGGCGCAGAUUGUCGCCAGCGUAGCUCUCACCGGCGCCAUUGCCGUGCUUCUCCUGCGAAGCCUUCGGAGGCGCGCUCAGCGUGCCAAAGAAAUGCAAUUCCGUUCCUCAGGAGUAGCCACCACGGAGAGCGUCAAGGAGGAGGCAAGAAAGGCUGCUAUUGCAAGCCUUACUAAAGCACCGGAGGUUCCAGUUCCUCCUCCUUCACCCGGACAAACCCUUUUGGGGGCUGCUGUGGCUGGUGCCAUAGCUCUGGUGCUGUACAAAUUCACCACUUCCGUGGAAGGCAGCUUCGCUGGCAAGGCGAUCUCCAUGAAUUAUUCGAUUCGUAACUUGACAAUCACAGUAAGGACUAUCAUCAAUGGUCUGCUGUACCUGGCUACGUUUGUGUUUGCAGCGAACUCCAUCGGUUUGGGACUCUAUUCACUCCAACUGUUGUGGGGAUCUGAUCCUCUACCCGAUCCAUCACGAGCCGAGCCUCAGGAGACGCUGGAGUCGUCAUCUGAUUCGGCGGAGAAGAGUUCGGAAGCAGACGAUACAAACUGAACAGCGGACCUUGUAAUACUAGAGGCAGGAAGGAAGGAAGGAGCGGGAGCGAAAUGUCCAGAUGGAAAAUGACUUUUGCACAUUGUUAAGGCGACCAUCUGGGGCUCAAUUUUGGCCAGCCUCCAUGUUUCGCUCUGGCAUGCCGAGACGCUUGAAUAUUCAGGCUCACGAGAUAGUUAUAUACAGGUACGAACGGUCCAAAAAAUAGAUUCCCACGAAAGGACCGAGCAGUGUACGCUAUUAUAUUAGUCGGAGAUCCCCAGAAUUCAAUGACUCUUCAUCCUCGGAAACUUGUGUGUCCUUGACUCAAAGUAAGAUUCUGAUUGGCUUGCAUCUCGAGCUGUAUGAUGUCGCAUGAUGGGCAAAGCUUGUUGACCCUGAGUAGUUUUGAGAGCUUUUGUGCCCUCCAUGCGGUCCUGGUCUGCCAGCCCACCUGCAUUCACUUGCUCCAACUACCAUCGCAAUCAUGUCAACCAUAAAAUAUGAACUGCAUCUAUGUAGCUCAGAGGCUCUUCUCUGGAACCGAGGAACAGGGCCCAUGGCGUCAAAUAAAACCUUCGGGUGCACCAAAAGGUGGUCCUCAGCAACUUCGCUUCAGCAUAUGCUCUGAUUCUCGUGAACCUCGAAUGAACAACACUGAAAUAACACGGAAUUCAAAAGGAAAGCUCGAGGAGGUAGAUGCAGCUCGGGCAGUUGGACACAGUUUAGGGUUUUUUC